AUGACUGCCAUAACGCGCAAGGCAGAUGGCGAGAAGCCAUCCGACUCUGAUCUAACUGGCAAAGUGACCACCGGCUCCGUCCAUCAAGGUGGAGUUAUCGACGUCUCAGACGAUGAAGCUAUCAGGGACUUCUACGGGAGCAGCGUCAAUGACGCCUAUAGGCUAAAGUCCGAGCUGGUUACCAAGCACCUGACAGAGAUUGGGAUGGGGAAGUUUCAAUGGAUGCUCUUCGUUGUCAACGGCCUUGGUUGGGUCGUCGACAACUUCUGGUCCCAGGGCAUCACCGCCGCCCGCCCGGCAGUUGCGAACGAGUUCACGGACAUCAGCAGUCUCAGCUUCAGCUCCGUUGCUUACUACGUUGGGUUGAUAAUUGGCGCCUCCUUCUGGAGUAUUUCUGCCGACCUUAUUGGCCGCAAACCUGCAUUCAACGCGACAAUCUUGCUUGGAGGCAUUUUCGCCUGCGCUGUGGCUGGAUCGCAGAACUUCAUCACAUUCUGUGCCCUGUGGGCUUGCAUAGGAACCGCUGCUGGUGGAAAUGUCCCUGUUGACAGCAUCGUGUUCCUAGAAUUCAUUCCUCAGAGCCAUCAGUGGCUGUUGGUCACGUUAUCAGCGUGGUGGAACUUUGGCCAAGUUGUCGUAGCACUCCUCGCUUGGGUCUUCCUGGUCAACUACGGCUGUACUAGCGACCAGGCUCCAUGCGCACUGCGUGAUAACAUGGGAUGGCGUUACAUGAUGCUUACCCUGGGUGCACUGGCCUUGGCCUUUGGAUUGAUCCGAAUAUUCACAUUCAAAAUGCCAGAGUCACCACGAUACCUCCUCUCAAAAGGACGCGAUGCUGAAGCCGUGGAAGCUGUUAACUACAUUGCCCGGUACAAUAAAAAGCCGGAGACACUCACACUAGACAUGCUUGAAGCCAUUGAUGCACAAGUAGCGUUGGGGUCCGAUGAUGCCAGCCGCCACGAGAAGAAGAAAACAGGCCUUACUUAUAAGGAGAUAAUCAAGGAGAGUUUCAAGGACUACAAAACAGGCAAUGUGCGCAGGCUGUUUUCUGGUAGAAAGAUGGCGCAACAUACCAGCAUCAGCUUUCUGAUCUGGCUGAUGAUUGGUAUCGCAUAUCCGCUCUACUUCGCAUUCAUCACAUCGUACCUGGAGGCGAACAGGUCCUACACGGCAUCCGACACAUCCCUCAGCUAUACGUACAAGAUCUACUGCAUUGUCUCGGCUUGUGGGGUGAUUGGACCCGUUGCGGCAGGGUUCGCAGUUGAAACACGCUUCGGACGACGUUGGAUGAUGGCCUUUUCCGCUAUUCUUACCGGGGUCUUCCUCUUCGCUUAUACAUCGGUGAGGUCCGAGGCCUCUGAUAUCGGCUUCCAAGUCGCGACAGGUAUACUUGGAAACUUUGAAUAUGCCAUCAUGUAUGCAUUUACUCCAGAGUCCUUUCCUGGUCCUAUCCGAGGAACCGGAACGGGGAUUGCCGCUACUCUUCUCAGGUUUGGUGGGUUGGUGGCGUCUAUUAUAUCCAUCUACGGUGGUUACACAUCAACACCAGUAUAUGCCAGUGCUGCGAUCUGGAUCCUCGCUGGCCUUGUAUGUUUUGGAUUACCGUACGAGACGCAUGGCCAUGGUUCGAUCUAG